UUGUAGGCGUGUCUCAAUGGAGACGACAUUCUGGAUUUUUCUCGACAUUCUUCAACGUUAUGUUUUGAGUUUCUUGUAAGUUCUUGAGCUUUCUUUUCUUUUUAUGGCCUCUUCGAAGAUGGCCACGCCUAACAGGCAUUAUAUAAAGGAGGAUCGCUCUUGCCUUGCAGCUUCAGUGGAGAGGCCGCCAGUAUUGUGUAAGAGACAGAGAAAUGAAGAGAUCAGUGAAGAUGAAGACGAUGGUUACUGUCACGUGAAGAGAUUUCUCAGUGAAGAACAAAUGGCAAGCCGUCUAGAGCAUUUACAAUUGGCCACUCCUCCUUAUUCCAUGCCCACUUAUGCGGCUGAUGAAUUUUUAAACCAAGCACCCUCAAAUGAAUAUUGUUUUGCUAAUGACUGGAAUUAUGUAUCGUGUGAAAACAAUCAUGUGACCCAACUUGAAUUAUUCAACCAAUCUAAUCUCUUUAUAUCACUUAACAGCGAGGGGAACAACGUAGCCACUCAAGAUAUGGCCACGCCCCUAGACUAUGAGUUUGAGGCCACACCCACUGAUGAUGUUAGCCUUUUCGACGAGGAAAAUGGUAGUGACAGUUCUGACAAUAGUACCACACCCCCUCAGUUAUGGAUUGCCCCCGAAGUUAAAUCAAUUUUAAAGAACUCAUCAAACCAGUCAAUGAAUUUACUGCCUCCAGUAGUAGUCAAUGAAAUUAACAGACCAUGCACAGCACUUGUACUAUAUAAAGAACCAGAUCAUAUCAGACACCAUGUUUGGAAAAGGCACAACAGUCAAUCAUCUGAUACGGAGGAGAAUAAUAGUAGUGAUGUUUACGAAGAAAGGAUAAAGACAUCUGCUAUCAUAACAGAAGAUGAUGAAAUGGAACUAUAGCCCAUCGAGAGGAAACUUUUUAUAAAACAAUUAU